UUGAAAGUUAAGUUGACAAAGCCUAUGCAACUUGCAUAUUCUUGACAUUCGGUGUCUUGACCCUCCUUUUCUUUUACCUAGGACUAGACGCUGUUCCCAAACGGUCUCCAUCUGCCACAAGGACUACUGGAGUCAACACCAAUUAUGCCUACUGUUCACCUGCUCGACUAUGUAGCUGGGAAUGUCCGCUCCCUAGUGAAUGCCAUUAAUAAAGUUGGCUAUGAGGUGGAAUGGGUGAAGUCUCCGAAGGACUUGGAGAAUGUGGAGAAACUUAUCCUUCCGGGAGUUGGUCACUUCGGCCAUUGCCUAUCCCAACUUUCUGAGGGCGGUUAUCUAGAACCAAUUAGACGACACAUCGAUUCCGGCAAACCCUUCAUGGGCAUCUGUGUCGGAUUACAGGCGCUUUUCAUUGGAUCCGAGGAAAAUUCUGAAGUGCCUGGGUUGGGGGUAAUUCCUGCUCGGAUGCAGAAGUUCAAUGCCGAUACAAAAAGUGUGCCUCACAUCGGAUGGAAUUCUGCGUUGAAUACUUCAACUGUCAAUCAAAGCUUCUAUGGGUUGAGGCCUAGCAGCAAGUACUAUUAUGUCCACUCUUACGCAGCACUCUAUACCCCUGGCCUCCUGGAAAAAGAGGGCUGGUCAGUAGCCACGGCCACAUACGGCGAUGAAGAAUUCGUUGGAGCUAUAGCGCGGGAUAACAUCUUCGCGACACAGUUCCACCCGGAGAAAAGUGGACAGGCUGGUUUGCGGACAAUCCGUGCUUUCCUAGAUGGGGAUCGACUGCAGACUUUUUCUUUGGAACCCUCGCUUUCUUCGGCAAAGAAAGACGGCCUCACACGUAGGGUGAUCGCCUGCCUCGACGUACGUGCAAAUGAUGCUGGUGAUCUCGUUGUCACCAAAGGUGAUCAGUAUGAUGUUCGUGAGAAAGAGGGGGUCAGCACGGGCGGCCAAGUCCGAAACCUGGGAAAGCCUGUUGACAUGGCCAAAAGGUAUUAUGAACAGGGUGCUGAUGAAGUAACAUUCCUGAACAUCACCUCCUUCAGGAACUGUCCGGUUGCGGAUACGCCUAUGCUGGAAAUCUUGAGAAGAACAUCCGAAACGGUCUUUGUGCCGCUCACUAUUGGCGGCGGAAUCAGAGAUACUGUUGAUACUGACGGCACUCAGAUAUCGGCCCUGGACGUUGCAACGAUGUAUUUCCAGUCAGGUGCAGAUAAAGUGAGCAUUGGGUCGGAUGCUGUUUUUGCAGCCGAAGAAUAUCACCAGGCUGGCGGGAAAUUAAAUGGAAGGACAGCCAUUGAGUCGAUAUCCAAGGCUUACGGCAAUCAAGCUGUGGUAGUAAGCGUUGAUCCAAAGCGCGUAUACGUGAGCCAACCGGAGGAUACUACGCACCACACAAUUCGGACAAAAUACCCGAAUGGUUCUGGACAGUCUUUCUGUUGGUAUCAAUGCACCGUCAAAGGUGGCAGAGAGGCCCGAGACCUUGACGUACGGCAACUAGCGCAAGCUGUUGAAGCAAUGGGCGCCGGCGAGAUCUUGCUGAACUGCAUUGACAAAGAUGGAAGCAACAGUGGGUUCGACUUAGAGCUGAUCAACGAUGUCAAAUCCGCCAUUAAGAUACCGGUUAUUGCUUCCAGCGGGGCUGGAAAUCCUGAACACUUUGUCGAGGUUUUCCAGGACACAACCACAGAUGCGGCUCUGGGUGCCGGCAUGUUUCAUCGUGGCGAGUACACAGUCAGUGAUGUAAAGAAUUAUUUAGAUGAGAGGGGAUUUUUGGUUCGCAAGUUCGAAGCCAACAGAUAGAAUAGUCAUAUUAUCUCAUUUACUAUAAGUAGUCUUCGUUCAUGCUGCUUGAGGAUCGCUAUAGCUUUGUGUAUAGAUACCAGUUCACCGUGCAAGUGUCAC